AUGUCAUCAACAACUCCAGAACAUGAAAAAAUUUCAAAAUCAAGAGCUUUAAACGCGUCUUUGUUGACGCUAAUAUCAAUCAUAGUAUUUAUAGAGUUAAUUUAUCAUGCAAAUUGGAGUAUUAAAGUCUUAUAUAAUCAACCAUUUGGUAAUUACCUAAAUAAUUUGGUUUAUGGAUUAGGUUCAUUUUUAGCAAAUUUUGGAUUAAGUGUUAGAUUAAUGAAAUGGUUGAAUCAAAAAUUAGUAGAGGAUAAAAUAGAGUCAGAUUACAAAAAGUACAUAUAA